AUGGUUGAUCCAGGGAAGAUUGAAGCGGUGAAGAAUUGGCCUAGACCUAAAACAGUCACUGAAAUUCGAAGUUUUCUCGGUUUAGCGGGUUAUUAUCGGCGAUUUGUGGAAGGAUUUUCCAAAAUUGCGAUGCCGUUAUCCGAGCUAACUAGGAAAAAUCAGCGAUUUAUAUGGUCAGAUAAGUGUGAAAAGAGUUUUCAAGAGCUGAAGCAACGAUUGAUUACAGCUCCUGUCCUGGCCUUGCCAUCUGAUCAAGAAAAGUUUGUGGUAUAUUGUGACGCUUCAAGGCAGGGUUUAGGCUGUGUGUUAAUGCAAGCAGAUAAAGUCAUAGCUUAUGCUUCUCGGCAAUUGAAAGGUUAUGAGCAGCGUUACCCAACUCACGACCUAGAACUUGCAGCAGUG